AUGUUUUCCAAGCGUGUGUCGAGGCGCGAGUGUAUACACUGUGGCGUUCGGGCCGAACUGUACUGCGCUGGGUGCGGAAUAACUCCAUACUGUGGCUCUGCGUGCCAGAGGACUGACUGGGUGAAGCGGCACCGCACUGUAUGCCAUAACCUGGCUAGACUCAACGAGGCAGCGGAUUUAACUGAAAACAACAAUAACAUACCGGACGAAGUUAAAAGCCCCUCCAUACCCGUACACCAAUCUCAACAACGUAGAGCUCGAUCUCCUAAACACCGUCAAAGAGACGAUGACGAUACUUCAGCAAGAACUGAUAGCGAUGAUACCAAACGCUUCGAUAAGAAAAAUCAAGCGUCCACACGCGGUAGAAACUUUUCGCCCCGAACAUGUAACAUGCGUAGACCGAACGUGCAAAAUAAUAGACGUGAGGAAACCGUGGAAGAGAGGGAUGGUCCGAGGGAGAAUCAGAUAAUGGAAGCGUUCAGUUUCCCCCCGCCACUCGACCCUCACACGGCAUUACUGCACUACUACAGUACGCCCAUAGUGAGAUCCUUGAUGGAGGCCCAGGAAAGGGGUUAUUACCAUUUUAAAGGUUCCCAACCGCCGGGCAUUGCGCAAAGGUUGAACGUUCGUGAUACAAUAAGACCGAAUAAAGAAGAGAAACCUCAACAGGAAAAAAUUAUUCCAGAACCGACUCCUAAGAGUGAUAUCUUGCCUGAACAGCACACAGCAGGCGCAGCAUCAAUAAACGAUCUCAUCUAUAUAUCAGUGGAGUCUCUAGCCAAAAACUGUGCGACGAAGCAGGGUGGCUAUGUAUGUAUAGCGUUGCCGGAGAAAGAUGAAGCGAGCUACCAUGUUCUGUGCUCGGACUAUCCUAGGGAGUGUGAUGAGGAUAACGAGGAAUUUACACCGAAACCAGGCGAUCUGUUCUCAUACCGUAGCCCAGAAGACGGCGCGUGGUAUCGUGCUAGGAGACUCAACGCUACAAGUGCGGCGCUCAUUGAUAGCUGUAAACUAUGUAAUAUAUAA